AUGGUGUUUUCUGACAUUUUGAAAUUCAAAUUUGGACCCUUCUGGUUCAAGACCUCGAUCCUCUUGGUCAACGUGAUGCCUUUCGGUACACGAAAUGCCACAUAUGUCCUCCGCGUGGAGCGUCCGAGCUUUUGUGGUGGUCGCAUUGAACUCCCAAUCGGUCACCACGGGUUUCCGAUCGACCUCCUCACACUUUCUGCUAAAGACCGUCGCAAACUGCAGUUCACCAUUCGCUACGGCGCGAAAGGCAAGAAACUCCGCUUUCUCGCACCAACCGCGGAAGUGUACGGCCACUGGAUCUCAGUCCUCCACCAAGCCUUCGAAGCCAACAUCAAAGUUGCCAAGAGAACGUGCAGCCAGAUUGUCAGUUCCACCAGCAACACCAGCGUUGGUGUCUCCCCCAGUUGCUAUUGCAGCAACUCCGACCUCCAGAAGACUACUGUCCUCAUUGACAUCGACUCCACGAGUGAACAGCAAGGGUCGGAGAUGGAUAUGUCUGUCACUACUUCUGAGUCAUGCUACCAAUAUGGUAGCAUUGUCGCCGAUAUCGACUCCAGCAGCAACCACGACAACUUUGACGACUUUGACGAGUCUCCAGCACCCAGAGCCGCAACUCACAUUGCAACCAUCGACAACCCUUUUGCACCAAGUGUGAUGGAUGUCGUUUAUGAUGAUGAUAGCAACGACUUCGAUAGUCCCGAAAGCUCGGGUGAGCUAGAGUCACCCCUCACUUCAUCGGUUAAUGCACCCCCGACAGAUGAAAACGCCAACACUGGCCAGCAAAAAGUGUUUUGCAUGACCAUUGACCACGACAGCACAACUGCCUUCUCUGUUUACGUGCCGCCACAGAAAGCGCGUGAUAGUCAAACUGUCCGACGUGCUGAGGUGUUCGACCUGUCAUUCGCGAAGUGGGCCGGGUGGAUGGCCCGCGAUAUACGUGAUGGCAACCUGCCAGAGGCAUUUUGCGUAGCGCGCGAUACCUGCAAGCGUCUGGAGUUGAACGAUAUACUGAACAUCGUCCAGCCAUACUUCGCGUGA